GACUACCACUCUGGACUGUCUUCAACCUUGGCAUAAGAUGGGAAAGUGGGUUUUUAAUAUAAUGUUAGAUUAGUGUAAGGAAUGGGUGUGGAAUUAAUGGAUUCCGGUUUAGUAGGGUAAGUGAAUUGCAGUUAUGAUGAGUAAAGAGUAACAAAAGGCUGAGAGGGUAGUGUUGCCUUUAGAGUAUUAUAAACUGAUGAUGAAUGAAAGACUUGAGCUGUCGAUGAUCAGGCUUAGGAAACACCGCUCUAAAGUUAAUUGGAAGGGCACCAUUUCCUACCCCAACCGUCCAUUGAUGAACUCCAUUAAUGUCUUACUCUGUUUAGUUUUGCUCCCCCCUUCCCUCUCUCUCUCACCAUCAACUACACUUACAAUUGGUGAGUGUUCCUGGCUUUGUGUGUUGUGUAUAUAUUAUCAGCCAACAGAACCAACCAGAGACAGACACCUUUAGAGUGGGUGAGAAGGUAUAGAUCCUGAUUUCUGGAACUUCUCUUUCACUGAAGUGCUGUUCCUGAGUCUUUCAAUGGCUUCCUUGGGGAUUGUAAAGCUUUCUCUCCACAUACUCCUUUGUCUCAGUGUGCUUAACUCAGCUCAAGGGAAGGAGGAAUACAAGGGACAUCCUUACCCGUUCAUCAAACCAGCGAGUUCCUUCUCAUCAUCAUCAACAGAAUUGGAUGGAAGGAUUAAGGCUUAUGACUACAUAAUUGUGGGAGGUGGCACUGCUGGGUGUCCUCUGGCAGUCACACUCUCAAGGAACUUCAGGGUACUAUUACUGGAAAGAGGUGGUGUCCCUUAUUCAAACCCAAACGUCUCAUACUUGGAGAACUUCCAUAUCUCUCUAGCUGACACCUCACCAAGCUCUGCCGCUCAGAUUUUCAUCUCCACCGAUGGGGUCAUUAACUCCAGGGCUAGAGUUUUGGGUGGAGGCACUUGUAUUAAUGCUGGCUUCUACUCAAGGGGAAGCACUAGAUUCAUAAAGAGACUAGGUUGGGAUACAGAGCUGGUGAACCAGUCAUAUCCGUGGAUUGAGAACCAGAUUGUUCACUGGCCCAAGCUGGCUCCAUGGCAGCAGGCCCUGAGGGAUGGUCUCCUGGAGGUUGGUGUCUCACCUUUCAAUGGCUUCAGUUACGAUCACAUCUACGGCACCAAAGUUGGAGGCAGCAUCUUCGACAACUCCGGCCACCGCCACACCGCCGCCGAUCUCCUCGCUUCCGCCAACCCAGAAAACCUUAGUGUACUAGUUCAUGCCACAGUGCAAAAGAUAAUUUUCGACACUGAUCAUACAAAAGCAGAGCCCAAGGCCGUAGGAGUGAUAUUUAAAGACGAAAAUGGAAACGAACACAAAGCUUUUCUGGAAGGUGAGCGGAGCGAGGUGAUAUUGUCGUCGGGGGCAAUCGGAAGUCCUCAACUGCUACUACUGAGUGGGAUUGGUCCCAAAAAGGACCUCAAGAAGAUGAAUAUUCCGGUGGUGCUCCACAACGAUUUCGUCGGAAAAGGGAUGUCUGACAACCCCAUGAACGCCAUCUUCAUACCCACAAAGUCUCCCGUCCGGCAGUCCCUAAUCCAGACUGUGGGGAUCACCAAAAUGGGUGUCUUCAUCGAAGCUAGCAGCGGUUUUGGAGGAUCCAGCGAUAGCAUCCAUUGCAACCAUGGAAUCAUGUCCGCAGAGAUUGGGCAACUUUCCACUGUUCCACCAAAUCAAAGAACCCGAGAAGCCAUGAAAGCCUACAAGGAAGAUAAACAGAAUCUCCCUCGCGAAGCAUUCAUGGGUGGUUUCGUUCUGGAGAAGAUCGUCGGACCUUUCUCCACCGGAGAGCUCCGACUGAACAGCACCGACGUGGAUGAGAAUCCGUCCGUUACCUUUAACUAUUUCAGCCAUCCUUACGAUCUACGGCGUUGCGUCUACGGUGUCCGCUUGAUUGAGAAGAUCGUGCGGACCAGAAACUUCACAGAGCUAGUGAAUAGCGAUGUGUUUACGGGUGAUAUGCUGCUUAAUAUGAGCGCCAAGGCUAAUGUAAACCUGAUACCCAAACACACCAAUGAUACUCAAUCUGUGGAGCAGUUCUGUAAGGACACAGUCAUCACCAUCUGGCACUACCACGGUGGCUGCCACGUAGGAAAAGUGGUGGACCCUGAUUAUAAGGUACUUGGUGUUCAUGGCGUACGUGUCAUCGACGGUUCCACGUUCACUGAUUCUCCUGGGACCAAUCCUCAGGCCACUGUCAUGAUGAUGGGAAGAUACAUGGGCGUGAAAAUGCUAAGAGAGCGAUUGGGAGCAGCAGCUGGCAUAUAAAAAUCAGUUAAUUGGGAUGUGCUCGAAAUAGUGUUAUGAUUCUAAUUCUUCUCGAAAUAGUGUUAUGAUUCUAAUUCUUGUAUGCAGUUGUAAGUAAAAGCUUUGCCAACGAUAGCGGCAAAUAUGAACUCUCUCAAAUAGUGUAUCUUGAUUAUUGAUCAUGUAGGAAAUUAUAUUAUGUUCGCACA